AUGAAAAUUUCCGACGUAUUUAAUCAGUGGUUUUCGACGUUUAGCCAUUUACUGAAAGAAGGCGAAAUGGUCAAGAUAAUGGACCUACUUCGUCCUGUAAGUGUUUGUCGAAUCAGAGACAUGCAACAGAAAAAUUUGUUGCACUACGUUUCAGCUGAAUUACCACCGAACGAAAUUCUCGCUUUUUAUUUAAUUCGCGCUGGUUGUGACGUCAAUAGUAUGGACAGUCUGGAAUCCACACCCUUGGAAUACGCAGUAAAAACAAGAAAUAUAAAAAUAGCCAAAGUCCUUCUGGAAGCAGGGGCAGUUCGUGACAAUUCUUACUAUCAUUUGGACAAUGGCCCUCUGCAUCAGGCUGCAAUCAGCGGAGACGUUGAGAUGUUGAAGUUGUUUCUAGAACAUGGAUUCGACGCAAAAGCUAUAGACGAAUCAGGUCAAACUGUAUGGCAUCACGUUGCUCAAAACAAAUAUAGCCAAUUUGAAGCUUUUGAGAACCUCAUCAAGACUGGUUUGGACGUCAACUUUAUGAUUGACGAAUCCUCGUUACUACAUUACGUUGUCAAGGACUAUUACGUAUACCUAAGUUCAACCGAAAAAUUAAAGAUCUCUAAACUACUAAUUGCGGCAGGAAUAAAUAUUAAUUGUCUCGAUAUCUAUGGAAGAACAGCAUUGCACUACGCCUGUAAAAAUAUGCACGAAGAUGAACAAAUUCUAAGGCUACUUCUUGAGAAUGGUGCUUCGACCGAUAUUCGGGAUGUCAGAAAUCGAGAUCCUCUCAGCUAUGGGUUACAGAAACUUUGGUUUCCAGCUGCUGCCCUGUAUAUUCGGGAAAGUUAUGACAGCGAUACGGAAACCUUGCCGAGAUACAAUAAUUUGAUAAAGACACUGAUAAGUAGAAUGAAAUUGAUGUUCGAGUACGGAGCAAAAGUUAAUUUAGCCAACGAAAAAGUGAAUCCAUUGUUCUCUGCUGUAUUGUGUUACCGCAAUUCUGAGCUUCUCCAGUUCCUGCUCAAUAUGGGAGUGGCGUACGACUUUGAGGAUGAGAUGACGAGCAGAGUGCUUACAAAAGGCCAUAAUGGCUCCAAGGAAAUAUCGACACUAUUGAUCAGUCAUGCAGCCAUUUCGCUCGAAAAAAGCCGAGCUGAUAUGUCUCGAAACUUUGAUCCAAUCAACUUGAGUUCCUGUCAGCAGUUAUACUAUGCACAAUGCACAGAAGAACUUCAGGUUAUGAAGACAACGAUAAUAGAGCAUACAGAUGUAUCAUUUCUGGACAUCCUGGCUGACAAGGUCAUCAAGUGCCAUUUGCUAAACGAGCAUGUCAUCAAGGCCAUGAAUGACGAUCAACUGUUGAACCGUUUUCCUAUAUACAGGGACAGAUUGGUUGAGCGUUUCAACACCGAAAAAGAGGAUUACGAGUUGAAACUGAACGCAAUGAAAAGCUUAGGCUACAUUUUUAAGAUAAACGUGGAUGCGUAUCGGCUGAUUUUUAAUUGUAUCACCGAUUACCUAACGGAAUCAGAUUUAAGGACCCUGUCACACAUUUGA